AUGUUUGUUUUGGCAGAAUCAUAUUUUGGUGAUAAAAGUUCUAACAUAGGGAACCAAAACCUGUUUCCGUCCGCCUCGGCACAGAGCAGUUCUUCACUGAAGGGUUAUGAUGAUACCAGAAUAGGGAAGACGCCUGCGUCCACUACCAGCAGCAGUCGCAAUGCAAGACCCCCCUGCAAACUUCGUACUCCCCAAACUGGUCACUCAGUUACCUCUUCUUCAGCAGUCUCAGCUCAUGUUGCAUCAGUAAUUGUAGCUGUAGUGGAGGGGCGUGGGCUUGCUCGGGGUGAAAUAGGAAUGGCGAGCAUUGACCUGAAGAGCCCUGAGUUAAUAUUGUCCCAGUUUGCAGACAACUCUACAUACGCGAAGGUUAUUACCAAGUUGCAGAUUUUAACACCGUUAGAAAUUAUUAUGCCAAAUACCGCUUGUGAUAAAGGAAGUGGGACUAAGCUGUUUACUCUUAUCACAGAAAAUUUUAAAAGUGUGGCUCUCAGUACUGUUCAGAGAAAGUACUUUAAUGAAACAAAGGGACUGGAAUACAUUGAGCAGCUUUGCACACCCGAAUUCAGCACUGUGCUAAUGGAGAUUCAGAUGAAAUAUUACUGUUUGGCUGCAGCCGCAGCCUUGCUGAAGUAUGUUGAAUUUAUCCAGAAUACAGUUUAUGCUCCAAAAUCUCUCAAAGUUAUCUUCAAAGGGAGUGAACAGACAGCGAUGAUUGAUUCGGCCUCAGCUCAGCAGCUUGAACUGAUCAUUAACAACAGAGAUCCAAGAAAUAAUCACACACUGUACGGGGUCCUGAACUACACAAAGACAGCUGGAGGGAGUCGCAGACUUCGCUCCAACAUCUUGGAGCCCCUGGUUGACGUGGAAACUAUUAACACAAGAUUGGACUGUGUACAAGAACUCCUGGAAAAUGAGGAUCUCUUCUUCAGCCUUCAGUCCAUAAUUUCACGGUUCUUGGAUACUGAUCAGCUCCUGUCUAUCCUAGUGCAGAUUCCAAAGCAAGACACUGUACAGGCAGCAGAAUCCAAGAUCACUAACUUAAUUUACCUGAAGCAUACGUUGGAGUUAGUGGAACCAUUGCAGGGAACUCUGAAAACCUGCAAGACACCAUUACUAAAGGCUUAUUGCAGUUCAUUGGAAGAUAGCAGAUUUAACCUUAUUCUGGACCAAAUCAAAACUGUCAUUAAUGAUGAUACCAGGUACAUUAAAGGCUGUUUGAACAUGAGGACACAGAAAUGCUAUGCUGUCAGACCAAAUAUUAACGAGUUCCUUGAUAUUGCUCGGCGAACGUACACAGAGAUUGUUGAUGAUGUAGCAGGAAUGAUAUCACAGCUGGGAGAAAAAUAUAACCUGCCUCUGAAAACCAGCUUCAGUACUGCCCGAGGAUUCUUCAUUCAGCUGAAUUGUGAGGGAGCUUCAUUCUCUAAUGGGCAGUUGCCAUCAGAGUUUAUGAAGGUCACCGUAACGAAGAACACUUACAACUUCACUACAGCUGACUUAAUUAAAAUGAAUGAGCGGUGCCAAGAGUCUUUGCGGGAGAUUUACCAUAUGACCUAUCUGGUAGUUUGCAAACUCCUGAGUGAGAUCUACAGACAUAUCCAUUGUUUGUACAAGCUGUCAGAUGCAGUCUCCAUGUUGGACAUGUUGCUGUCCUUCGCGCACACCUGCACUCUUUCAGACUAUGUCCGUCCAGAGUUCACUGAUACCUUGGCCAUUAAGCAGGGACGACAUCCUAUUCUUGAAAAGAUAUCGAUGGAGAAACCUGUUGCUAAUAAUACCUACAUCUCCGAUGGGAACAACUUCAUCAUUGUAACUGGGCCUAACAUGAGCGGAAAGUCAACCUAUCUUAAACAGAUUGCUCUGUGUCAAAUUAUAGCACAGAUUGGUUCCUUUGUUCCAGCUGAGUAUGCUUCAUUUCGAAUAGCUGAUCAGAUCUUUACCAGGAUAGGUGUAGAUGAUGACAUUGAAACAAACUCAUCAACCUUUAUGAAGGAGAUGAAAGAGGUAACAUACAUCAUGCAUAAUGCCACUGAUAAAUCUCUCAUUAUAAUUGAUGAAUUGGGUAGAGGAACCAGUACGGAAGAAGGCAUUGGGAUCUGUCAUGCAGUCUGUGAAUUUCUGCUCAGUUUCAAGGCAUUCACAUUAUUUGCCACUCACUUCCUGGAAGUCUGCCAGCUUGAUGCUUUAUAUCCCAAUGUAGAAAACAAUCACUUCGAAGUUCAACAUAAUCGAAGCAGCACUGGAAACUGUAGUAAAAUUGUCUACACGUACAUCCUCUCCAAAGGUUAUACUGAGGAGAAAAACUAUGGUUUGAAGGCCGCUGAGGUUUCAUCUCUUCCCCCAUCAAUAGUACUCGAUGCUAAAGAAAUUGCUUCUCACAUUACCAAACAAAUAUGGCGUAAACAGAGAAACACUGUUGAAUCACUGCAGCAGAGAGCGAUGCAUCACCUAGCCACCAGACUAGUGCAGACAGCAAGAAACUCAUGCUUGGAUCCAGAUCGGUUGAGAAUGUACCUAAUGGGCCUCCGGAAAAGGUACGAAGCAGACUGCCUCGCAGCUCAACAGUCUCCACAAGCAGAUACAUCCCUCUGAGAACAAGUUAGUUCUGAUCAAGAAUGGAACCAUUCAAUAACGAACGCUCCAAAAUGUUGUGGUUAUUUGAAAAAAAAUGUUGGCCCAGAUUUACUGCCAAAAUAAAGGUGCAAUUAAUGUGUGAUGCACCCUGGAUUUCUGGCAAGGAAGAGAGAACUAGGAAUCACCACAAAUCACUGGCUGAUUUCCAGUGCUCUGCUAUCAGUCUUAUAUGUACAGCGGUUCACCCAUAACCUCCGUGAGUUUUAUGAAGUUGUUACGUUUGUACAUCAAUUACCCAUUUACCUCACUGAAGAGAGUCAUGGCAGCUGAUUAAGUACCUUUUUUUUGAUGAGAUUUACCUUUUAGUUAUGCUACCUAACUUCUAAGGCUCAGAAGUGAAACAGUUUAAAGUGUGGUGUUUCAUUCCUACAGAUUGUAAAUUGUUGUUGGCAUUUUAAAAAAAAUAUUUGUCCUUUCUGCCUUCUCUCUUUUAGUCUAUUGUUAU